UCGGGGAGUAAUCAGUUGCAAUUAGGCAUUAAUUAAGUAUUAUGAAAGUUGAUUAUUUAAGUGAAUUCGGCUUUCGACUCUCCGACUAUGAGUUUGGGACCAAACAGAGGAGAAUGGAUCUCGGCGCAGCUGAAGGCACCCGGUGCACCGACCCGCCCGCAGGCAAGCCGGCCAUGGCGGCCAAGCGCAAAGGCGGCCUGAAGCUCAACGCCAUCUGCGCCAAGCUGAGCCGCCAGGUGGUGGUGGAGAAGGGGGCCGAGGCCGGCGCCCAGGCGGAGGGCAGCCCCCUGCGGCCCCGGGACAAGGAACGCAGUGGCCCCGAGGCGGGGGCGGCCCGGGCACCCCGGAGCGAGGAAGACAAGAGGCGGGCAGUGAUCGAGAAGUGGGUGAACGGGGAGUACAGCGAGGAGCCGGCACCCACGCCUGUGUUGGGGCGCCUGGCCCGGGAGGCCCUGGAGCUGCCGCCCGAGGGCGUCUACAUGGUGCAACCCCAGGGCUGCAGCGAUGAGGAGGACCACGGCCAGGAGCCUGCCAAGGAGGGCAGCGCCGCGGAGGAGAAGGACGCGGACGGGGCCGCCGCCAAGGAUGACGGUGCCCCCAGCACCAAGCAGGCUGCAGGAGAGGCCUCCUCGCUGCGGGACUACGCGGCCUCCACCAUGACCGAGUUCCUCGGCAUGUUCGGCUACGACGACCAGAACACGCGGGACGAGCUGGCCCGGAAGAUCAGCUUCGAGAAGCUGCACGCGGGCGCCACCCCCGAGGCGGCCGCCGCCUGCGCGCUGCCUGGCUCCGAGGACGCCCUCAGCAAGCGGGCGCGGUUCUCCAAGUACGAGGAGUACAUCCGCAAGCUCAAGGCCGGCGAGCAGCUCUCCUGGCCGGCCCACGGCGCCAAGGCCGAGGAGCGGGCCGGCAAGGACGCCCUGGGCCCCCUGCCCGGCCUGCGGCUGCCCAGCAGCACCGCGCACCUGGAGACCAAGGCCACCAUCCUGCCCCUGCCCUCGCACAGCUCCGUCCCCAUGCAGGGCCUGGUGGCCCGCGCCUCCAAGUACGACUUCUUCAUCCAGAAGCUGAAGACCGGCGAGAGCCCGCGGCCCCAGAACGGGAGCACCUACAAGAAGCCGUCCAAGUACGACCUGGAGAACGUCAAGUACCUGCACCUCUUCAAGCCCGGGGAGGGCAGCCCCGACAUGGGCGGCGCCAUCGCCUUCAAGACCGGCAAGGUGGGGCGCCCCUCCAAGUACGACGUCCGGGCCAUCCAGAAGCCGGGCCCCGCCAAGGUCCCGCCCGCCCCCAGCCUGGCCCCCGCACCCCUCGCCAGCGUGCCCAGCGCCCCCAGCGCCCCGGGGCCCGAGCCUCCUGCCUCCCUGCCUUUCAACGCUCCCGAGUAUCUCAAGUCCACCUUCUCCAAAACAGACUCUAUCACCACGGGGACCGUCUCCACUGUCAAGAACGGACUGCCCACAGAUAAACCAGCUGUCACCGAAGAUGUAAACAUUUACCAGAAAUAUAUUGCCAGGUUCUCGGGCAGCCAGCACUGUGGCCACAUCCACUGCGCCUACCAGUACCGCGAGCACUACCACUGCCUGGACCCCGAGUGCAACUACCAGAGGUUCACCAGCAAGCAGGACGUGAUCCGGCACUACAACAUGCACAAGAAGCGCGACAACUCCCUGCAGCACGGCUUCAUGCGCUUCAGCCCGCUGGACGACUGCAGCGUCUACUACCAUGGCUGCCACCUCAACGGGAAGAGCACCCACUACCACUGCAUGCAGGUGGGCUGCAACAAGGUGUACACGAGUACGUCGGACGUGAUGACCCACGAGAACUUCCACAAGAAGAACACUCAGCUCAUCAAUGAUGGCUUCCAGCGCUUCCGGGCCACCGAGGACUGUGGCACAGCCGACUGCCAGUUCUACGGGCAGAAGACCACGCACUUCCACUGCAGGCGCCCCGGCUGCACCUUCACCUUCAAGAACAAGUGUGACAUCGAGAAGCACAAGAGCUACCACAUCAAGGACGACGCCUAUGCCAAGGACGGCUUCAAGAAGUUCUACAAGUACGAAGAAUGCAAGUACGAGGGCUGCGUGUACAGCAAGGCCACCAACCACUUCCACUGCAUCCGCGCCGGCUGCGGCUUCACCUUCACCUCCACCAGCCAGAUGACCUCGCACAAGCGCAAGCACGAGCGCAGGCACGUCCGGUCCUCGGGGGUGCUGGGGCUGCCGCCCUCGCUGCUGGGCGCCAAGGACACGGAGCAGGAGGAGUCCAGCAACGACGACCUGGUCGACUUCUCUGCCCUGAGCAGCAAGAACUCCAGCCUGAGCGCCUCCCCCACCAGCCAGCAGUCCUCCGCCUCCCUGGCUGCCACCGAGGCCGUGCCCAGCGCCACCAAGCCCCCCAACAGCAAGCUGCCCGGGCUGCUGCCCCAGGGCCUGCCCAGCUCCAUCCCCCUGGCACUGGCCCUCUCCAACUCGGGCCUGCCCCCCGCUUCACCCUACUUCCCCAUCCUUCCCGGCCGGGGCAGCGCCUCCCUGCCCGUGGGCGCCCCCAGCCUCAUGGGUGCCAUGUCAUCCGGGCCGGCAGCCUCGGCCAACCCCGACACGCCCGCUCUGGCCGCCUCUGGAGCCGGCGACUCGGCAUCUGCCGCCGCCUCCCUCCCGGUGCCCCCUGCCUCCAUCAUGGAGAGGAUGUCUGCCAGCAAGGGCCUCAUCUCGCCCAUGAUGGCCAGGCUGGCCGCAGCCGCCCUCAAGCCCUCUGCCACCUUUGACCCAGGCAGUGGGCAACAGGCCGCCGCUGCCAGGUACGCCCCGGCCCCGGUGAAGCAGGAGCCCAGCGAGAACUCUGGCGCCCCAGGCCCCCACGAGGCCUCCCAGGACCGGAGUUUAGACCUGACGGUGAAGGAGGCCAGCAAUGAAUCAAAUGGCCACGCAGUCCCGGCAAAUUCAUCUCUUUUAUCCUCGCUUAUGAAUAAGAUGUCUCAGGGCAACCCCAACCUCGGCAACCUGUUGAAUAUCAAGACAGAAGUAGAGGGGAGCCCCGCGGUGGAGUCCUCGCCCUUCCUUGGCAAGGCCGUGAAUGCGCUGGUGCAGGAGAAGCUGUCGGAGCCCUGGAAGGUGUACCUUCGGAGGUUCAGCACCAAGGACUUCUGCGACGCCCAGUGCGACUUCCUUCACAAGGCCCACUUCCACUGCGUGGUGGAGGAGUGCGGCGCCCUUUUCAGCACCUUGGACGGGGCCAUCAAGCAUGCCAACUUCCACUUCCGGACGGAGGGAGGAGCAGCGAAAGGAAACACAGAGGCGGCCUUCCCAGCCUCGGCCGCUGAGACCAAACCUUCCUUGGCCCCCUCAUCCCCUCCGGCACCUCCUGUCACCGCGGCCACAGCUUCCUCUCUGGAGGGGCUCGCUCCCAGCCCGGCCACGGUGCCCUCCACCCCCACCCUGCUCGCCUGGAAGCAGCUGGCUUCCACCAUACCCCAGAUGCCUCAGAUUCCAACGUCAGUGCCUCACCUGCCCACUUCGCCCUUGGCAACGACUUCUCUAGAAAACGCCAAGCCCCAGGUCAAACCCGGAUUCCUCCAGUUCCAGGAGAAGUGAGUCCCUCGAUGAGCCGGGAGCCCCGUGCCCGCCGCGCGUCCCGGGAUAGGUGCUAGUGAGGGCAGCCAGGAGGCCCCGCGCCUCGCCCUGCGAUCAGCCCUGGCGGUCCCAGCCUCUCGGGGACACAGUCGCCCGGCGCCAGGCGAUGUCCUUCUAGCCAAAGAUGCUGCUGCUCAGACCCCCUGCUGCUUCCGGCGCAGGCGGCCGUGGGGGCACGGGGAGGUGGCGGCGGUAGCGGCCACUGCCCCAGAGCCAGCGGCCACUCCGCGAGGACCGGCCGGGGGCUGCGAGCGGUGGCCCCCCGCGGAGGGACUGCAGCUCCCUCCAGGCCUCCUGUUGGUGUCUGGGGCUCGUGCCCCUGGCUGAGUCUUUGCAGACGAGCAGCCCCGGGGGGGGUGGGGGAGGGGAGCCCGCGCCACCUGCGCAGAGGUCUGAGCUCUCAGGGGUGGACGGGACCCUCCUCCCUGGACGGUGGUGGCUCCUCGCGGUGAGAACGGCGACUCUGUAUCGUUACGUGUGCGGCUUCCUGUUCUCAAUAAACGCAAUAAAUUGGAU